AAAUAUAAAAGAAGACGGAGUGGGGUUAUCAGACGGAUUCACUUGACUCAACAGUGUUGAAGAAGCAAGCGAGGAAAAUGUUUAACUUCCUUAUUUUUUUGGCGAUUGUCGGUUUCAUUCAGACCCUCGUUGUAAGAGCUGGCGUUAUCGAACCGCCCUCCCUGGAACAGGCAAACUUCCUGGUUAAAGAUUACAAUGAAAACUCAGUGGGCGAUACGCCGGAGAGCUUCAAGAGUCUUCCCUUCGCCAUGACCGAAUAUGUCAAGGAUGACAAGGACUGCCCUACGUUGGAUAUGCUGAUCGGAACGGGUGGAGAAUUUGUGGUCAAUACUACGAAGAUUUUGACCGGGACGAUUCACGCAUUCUACGCGAUCCUGAUCAACGACGCAUCCUGCAAAGACAUCAACGGUUUCAGGUGCUUCCUCAGGAAAUACCACGAGUUCGGAAUAACGGUAAUCGAUGUCGGUGAAAAAGUGUCAAUCUACAAGAAAGGUGCCUUGAAAGUUAUUCAGAUCUUCGAAGAUUAUUUCGGCAGAUGCAAGCAGAAAGCAGACAAAAAUGACCCUAAACGAUACGGGAUAAUGUAAUUUAAACGAAUAAUUUAAAUAUAAACGGUUCUUUUAUAACACAA